AUGUCGUCGUCGUCCACCCGAGGAGGCGAGACCCCUGGCGGCGGCGGCGGCCAUGCCCAUGGCCCGCCCGUCCAUGAGCUGGAGACCCACCUCGACGCUCGCCAGACGGAGGAAUCGCGAACGCGGAGGGGGCGCGCCCACCGCGAGCAGCCUCGGCGGCCGUACAACUUCAGGAGGAGGCACCGGUCGGGCGCGCUGGAGUGGGCGGCGGCGGUGCUGUUCACGGUGCUGGCGGUGGUGGUGCUGGUGGGCGCCGUGUCCAUUCUGGUGGUGGUGCUACUGCUGCAGCCCCGCGCGCCGUACGUGGCGGUGCGGGCGGCAAGCCUGGACAGGCUGGUGUACGACCAGCUCGGGGCGCUUGACGACGUGCAGAUUUCGCUCCGCGUGGAGGCCCGCAACGACAACGCACACUCCGCGGCAACCUUCUCCCGCCUCGAGUGUCGGCUCGCGUUCGCCGGCGCGACGCUCGCGGUGCUGCGCGCCGACACGUUCCGUGUGCCUGCAAGGGGCGCCCUCCCGUUGGCGUACGUGGCGCGCGCGCAAGGCGCCCCGCUCGGUAACGUCGGGAGCGCCGCCAUGGAGGCCGCGCUCCGCGACGGCGUCGUGCCGUUCGGGGUGGAGGGGGAGGCCAGGACACGCUGGAAGGUCGCCGGGCUCGUCGCCAUCAACCAGUGGACGCGGCUCGCGUGCCAAAUCCGCUUCUUCUGGCCCAACGGCACCGCGCUCGCCUUCAAAUGCAGCUCCAAGUCUAAGUUUUUAUUCUUCUGA